CCGUCAUUGUCAUGUCAAACUAGUGAAAAUGGCGGCGGACGGUGACGAAGUGAUUAGUGAUCAAGAAAAAGUUAGAAUCGUUUCAGAUUUCAUUUUGCAUUCGCCGCCAGGGGAAUUUAACGAAGUUUUCAAUGAUGUGAGGGUGUUGCUGAAUAACGAUACCUUGCUCAAGGAAGGUGCUAGUGGAGCCUUCGCUCAAUACAACAAGGAUCAACUCACGCCCGUACGUCUCGAAGGCUCCGAGCUGUAUACACUCAUCACCGACCACAACGAACUUGGUGGCGGAAGGUUUUUCGAUCCUCGCUCCAAGUGUUCUUUCAGGUAUGACCAUCUACGCAAAGAAGCGUCCGAGUAUGAACCCUACGAGCCCGAUCGAGCGGCUGAGCCUUGGCGGGCGGCACUUGAUGAGGAGCUAACGGCGUACGUGGCUGCACACUACAAGCAUGGUGCUAGUUUAGUGGUGGGUCGCACAGUCGACUCUGGUACGGUACAGCUGGUCGCCUGUAUCGAAGAUCACCAGUUUCAACCCAAGAACUACUGGAACGGUCGGUGGCGUUCGGUGUGGUCUUUGACGGUCGGCGGGCCUGCCACAGAGUUACGUGGAACUCUACGUGUUCAAGUUCAUUAUUAUGAGGAUGGUAAUGUACAACUUGUGAGCUCAAAGGAAAUUAAGGCUCCUCUGGUGGCUAGCGGUGAAGUCGCCACUGCUAAAGAGUUCGUGCGGCUUGUCUCUGAUGCAGAAAAUACGUAUCAAACUGCCAUUUCAGACAAUUACAAGACCAUGAGCGACACAACGUUCAAAGCACUGAGACGACAACUACCUGUGACCCGCAGCAAGAUUGACUGGGCUCGUCUUGUUUCUUACACGAUCGGUAAGGAGCUCAAGAGCCAAUGAUGUCUCGCCGCUGCGCUAUGAGCCGCAGCGCCGCUCCACACCUUUGUACAUAAUAUUCAUGUAAGAGAAUAUCUAAUUCAAAAAAUUAUGAGCUCUAGACAGUGAUAUGUUACACCCCUGUGAACAUUUUCUCAUGAAUAUUUUGACAAAUUAAUAAUGUGAUUGUUAAAUUACUUAAAAUUCAUAAUACUCAGUCCAUGUUUUGUUUGAGUAUUAUGAAGGAUAUAAAAGCUAAGUCUUCUAAUUUGAUUGAUUCAAUGAGUUUUGUCCAUUAUCUUCAUUAGGGAUGAGAUUAUACAGAUGACAGUUGUACUUAGGUGUGGACUCCUCUCUAGGUCUGUAGAUAUUCUGAUCAAGACAUCAAAUAUAAUUCGUAAUUAAUUUAUUAGCUUCUUGAGAAUGGCAAAUUGUUGUGUGAGCAAUAUGCUUAAAAUCAUGGUGUUGCUUUAAAAAAAUGGUAUAUUUUAAAAUGCGUGUCAAUUAUAAAAUGUCUUGAGAAAAGUAGAACAUCAAAUUGUUUAAUAAUUGAAAUUAUUUUCACAUGUUUCUCAGCCUAUUAUUUGUUAUCAGUAUUAUUCAUAUAUUGCUUGCAUGACAAAUGUAUGUGAAAAUUACAGGUGAUGUUGAUGAGGAAGUUCUUUGAAUGGUGCAUUUAAAACAUAGUUAAUUUUUUAACAAAUUGUCCACGUAGCUUUAAAUGCAACUUUUACGUAAACAGAUCACAUUAUAGUAAAUAUUUUUCCAUCUUCAAAUAAAUAUGCGAAGUAUUGCUCAAACUUUGCUAUUUCAAAUGAAUUGGUAAGAUUUAAAAAAUAUUGUCCAUAUUAUGGCUUUGAGAGUUUGAAAGCAUACUUUUAUAUGAUAUAAUGUGUAACAACUAUAUUACGCCGAUAAGGUUUAUUUUGUAAUUAAUAUGAUUAUUUUAAAAAUGAUGAAUGUACACUAAAAUUUAACUAUUCUGUGUAAUGUACAAUUGAAUUCAUUUGAAUAAAAAUAUAUAUUAAAAUGUUGCUAA